GGGAGAGGGAAGCCAUGGACCCGCUCUCUCCCGUCUCUGUCCUCCCAGACUGCUGAGCAGGAGGGACGUGCGGGAGACAAGCGGCGGGGUCCCAACCCGGGCGCCCAGCCUGGGGGUUCGCGCCUGCAUCUCGGGUUCGCCCUGGCCAUGGGGCCCCCGUCCAGCUCCGGCUUCUACGUGAGCCGCGCCGUGGCCCUUGUGCUGGCCGCGCUGGUCGCCGCGCUGCUCCUGGCGCUCCUCGUCCUCGCCGCCCUCUACGGCCACGGCCCGCGCCCGGCGGCCCCCUGGGCCCUGGGACCAGCUGCGCCUGCCGCCCUGGCUCGAGCCGCUGCACUACGACCUGGAGCUGUGGCCGCGCCUGCGGCCGGACGAGCUCCCCGCGCACAGCCUGCGCUUCUCCGGCCGCGCGAACAUCACGGUGCGCUGCGUGGCGGCCACGGCGCGGCUGCUGCUGCACAGCCUCUUCCUGCAGCACGAGCGCCCCGCGGUGCGGGGGCCCCUGUCUCCGGGCGCUCGGGGCGCCGCGGGCCGCGUGCCGGUGCGCGACAUGUGGUUCGCGGAGGACAUGCAGUACAUGGUGCUGGAGCUCGGGCAGGCGCUGCGGCCCGGGAGCCUCUACGAGCUGCAGCUCAGCUUCGCGGGUCCCGCGUACCAGGAGAUCAGGGAGGGGCUCUUCUUCAACGUCUACGUGGACCAGGGAGAGCGCAGAGCCGUGAUAGCAUCUCACAUGGAGCCAACAUUUGCCAGGAAUGUUUUCCCUUGUUUUGAUGAGCCGGCUCUUAAGGCAACUUUUAAUAUUACAAUUAUUCAUCAUCCAAGUUAUGUGGCCCUUUCCAACAUGCCACAGCUAGGCCAGUCAGAAAGAGAAGAUGUAAAUGGAAGCAAGUGGACUGUUACUACCUUCUACACCACGCCCCACAUGCCAACUUAUUUAGUUGCACUCGCUAUAUGUGACUAUGACCAAGUCAACAGAACAGAAAGAGGCAAGGAGAUACGCAUCUGGGCCCGGAAAGAUGCCAUUGCAAAUGGCAGUGCAGAUUUUGCUUUGAACAUCACAGGACCCAUCUUCUCAUUUCUAGAGGAUUUGUUUAAUAUCAGUUAUCCUCUUCCAAAAACAGACAUAAUUGCUUUGCCUGUUUUUGACUACCGUGCAAUGGAAAACUGGGGACUACUGAUGUUUGAUGAAUCAUUAUUGUUGCUGCAGCCAAGGGAUCACCUGACAGAUAAAAAGACUCUGAUCUCCCACAUUGUCUCCCAUGAGAUUGGACACCAGUGGUUUGGAAACUUGGUUACCAUGAAUUGGUGGAACAAUAUCUGGCUCAACGAGGGUUUGGCAUCUUAUUUUGAGUUUGGAAUAAUUAACUAUUUCAAUCCUGAACUCCCAAGAAAUGAAAUCUUUUUUUCUAAUGUUUUACAUAAUGUCCUCAGCAAAGAUCAUGCCCUGGCAUCUAGAGCUGUAUCCAGGAAGGUUGAAAAUUUCACAGAAACAAGUGAAAUAAAUGAACUCUUUGACUUAUUUACUUACAACAAGGGAGCGUCUAUGGCCCGGAUGCUUUUUAGUUUCCUGAAUGAGGAUUUAUUUGUCAGUGCACUUAAGUCUUAUUUGGAGGCGUUUUCUUACUCAAAUGCUGAGCAAGAUGAUCUAUGGAGGCAUUUUCAAAUGGCCAUAGAUGACCAGAGUAAAAUUCUUUUGCCAGCAACAGUAAAAAGCAUAAUGGACAGUUGGACACACCAGGGAGGUUUUCCAGUCAUCACGUUGAAUGUGUCCAGUGGUGCCAUGACACAGGAGCCGUUCUAUCUAGGAAAAGUUGAAAAUCAGACUCUUCUCUCCCACAGCGGCACAUGGAUCGUCCCUAUUCUUUGGAUGAAAAACGGAACUACACAACCUUUAGUCUGGCUAAAUAAAAGCAGUAAAGUUUUCCCUGAAAUGCAAGUUUCAGAUUCGGAUAAUGACUGGGUGAUUUUAAAUUUGAAUAUGACUGGAUAUUAUAGAGUUAAUUAUGAUAAAUUAGGUUGGAAGAAAAUAAAUGAACAGCUUGAAAGGGAUCCUAAGGCUAUUCCUGUUAUUCACCGACUACAGUUGAUUGAUGACGCCUUUUCCUUGUCUAGAAACAAUUACAUUGAGAUUGAAACAGCGCUUGAUUUAACCAAAUACCUUGCUGAAGAAGAUGAAAUCAUAGUAUGGCAUGAAGUCUUGGCAAACUUGGUAACCAGGGAUCUUUUUUCUGAUGUGAAAAAUUAUGAUAUGUAUCCAUUAUUAAAGAAGUAUCUAUUAAAGAGACUAACGCCAAUAUGGAAUAUUUAUGCAGCUAUAAUUCGUGAAAAUGUGGCAGUAUUGCAAGAUGACUAUCUAGCUCUAAUUUCACUGGACAGCCUUUUUGCAGCUGCAUGUGGGUUCGAUCUUGAAGACUGUCUUCAUCUGUCAAGAGAGCUUUUCAGAAAAUGGAUGGACUGUCCAGAGUAUGAAAUACCUUAUCCGAUUAAAAGUGUAAUUUUAUGUUAUGGCAUUGCCUUGGGAAGUGAUAAAGAAUGGGACUUUCUGUUAAACAUCUAUACUAAUACAACAGAAAAAGAGGAAAGAAUUAAAUUUGCCUAUGCAAUGAGCUGCAGUAAAGACCCAUGGAUACUUAACAGAUACAUGGACUAUGCCAUCACUGGAUCUCCGUUCACUUUUAAUGAAACAAAUGUCAUAGAAGCUGUAGCGGCAUCUGAAGUUGGCCGAUAUAUCGCAAAGGACUUUUUAGUCAACAACUGGCAAGCUGUGAGUAAAAGGUAUGGAACCCAAUCACUGUUUACUCUAAUAUAUAUAAUAGGGAGAACCAUAAGUACAGACCUACAGAUCACAGAGCUGCAGCAGUUUUUCAGUAACAUGUUGGAGGAGCACCAGAGGAUUUCAGUUCAUGCCAAACUACAGACAAUAAAGAAUGAAAAUCUCAAAAGCGCAAAGCAAAGUGCCAGGAUAGCUGAGUGGCUUCGGAAAAACAUGUAGUUUGUGGCCUCAUCCAGCUCGCCUCUUACAUAUUAUGAUCUAUUUUGUGCCCAGUUUUGUCUCCCAAGUCUUUGUGAGUCUUCAGAACUGCAUGCUUCAUUUGUACUCAGUCACACUCAGUACUCAGAGUUAUGCUUGUCCUGCGUUGUCAUGUUUUACUCUGAGGCUUUAGUGAUUGAUGAGGAUUUGGUCAAAGCUGCCGGAUUUCUGGGGAAAAUUACACCUCACACUGGGCAAUAAACCCACAGAAUUUACUUUAAAUACCUUGUAAAAAUGAAUUUACCCAAGAAAGCCUUGCUAAUUCUUUUGUAAAGACCGCAAAAUAUUAAAUCAUUGCCAUUAGCAAAGAGCACAUUCUCUUCUGAGGAAAAUACACACUUGCAAUAUUGUAAGGUUUAUUUAGUUCAGUGUUAAAAGAAUAACGAGAACACCACAGGACAGUGUGAAGGAAUAAAAUCAGAAAAAUAAUAUUCACUAGAAGAUGCAAAAGCCAAAAAAAAGCAAGUUUCAAACAGGAAAAGCAAACAAUUUUAUGAGCCAUAUUAAGUGCCUUGAAGAUGAAAGCUGUGCAUUUCUCUCUCCUGCAGAACUUAUCGCAUUGGAAUGUAUUCUGCUGGUACUCAAUUUUGUGAAAUUAUAAAAUGACACAUGAUGGUGGGAUCCAGGAACUGCCAUUAGCAUCACUGCUGUGGAGGUCACCAUGGGGAUGAAGGCUCUGUCUCAGAGCCCUUGAGUGUGAACAUUGGGGAUGGGCUCUCUUUCAGCCAAAGUUUAGAAAAAAAAUAAUGAGGUCAAGAGACAGCAGUACUUAUCAGCUAAUCUUUGGGACAAAAAAGGGAAACCUUCAUAUGAAGGGAGAUAGAAAUAAAAGGCUAACCAGAACACAGUCCUUCAAGUUUUGCACUCAGGGGGUUAAGUUUGAAAUGUAGUUUCAUUUGGCCAAAUUGAAUCUACAUGUAAUGUGGAUCAAUUCAAUUUAAACAAUUUCAAUAGUAAUGUAUGGAAUUAGUUAAAUUUUGUCACACUUGAUGAAAACAGGACAACUGAGGCAAAACAUUCCUACUUUAGAUGUUGUGUAUACAUUAAAUCCUUCUUUAUUUUACUUUA